AUAUGUAAUCUGUUUUUGAUUUCGUAUUUAAAUUCUUUAUCAUUUAGUUUUUAAUCAAUUGUAUGAACGUUAUAGGAAACAUCUGAAGUCAUUGAUGAAGAGCCACCUGAAAUGAGGCUCUACAGUCAAGCACACCGUAAAAAAGACGGCUCAUGGAUUGACCCAGAAGCUGGAGAUAAAUACGAACAAAUGGAAGCUAUUCGCUCAAAAGCACUCGAGGAAGGCGUUGCAAUUGAUGGGAGGAAAAUUCUACAAAAGGUUUUGGAUAUACCGAAGUCUGGUUAUGCUCGUGGACUCGGAUAUGGAGCCAAACGGAUAACAGCUAAAGAAUCAGAGUUUGAAGCUCGUUUACAAGCAGAGAAGUUUGAGACUGAAAAGCAAGUUAAAGAACUAAAUGACCAAAUUCAAAAUCAACAGGUGAAAAUUGAUAACAUUUCUCAAUCAUAUAGCAAACUCAAGCAUCUUGUUCAACAAAUGUUGAAUGCAAAAGAUGAUGAGGAAAUAUCUAUUGAUGGCGACGAAACAUGUAUCGAUGGCUGUGAAAAAUCUCUUGAUGACGAACCAUCUAAUGAUUGGUAUGUGACGGCUUACUUAAAUAUAUUUUUUAAUUCGUUACGCUUUUAAAUUUUUUCUAU